AUGUACCAGAGUCUAGCUCUUGCCCCUAACCACGGCCAGUCGGCGUACUCCCAUGACUCAAGCAACUUCCUGCAUUCGCCGCCCAGUCCGGCUGUCUAUGUGCCCACCAGCCGGGUGCCCUCCAUGCUGCCGAGCCUGCCUUACCUGCAGAGUUGUGAACCUGCCCACCAGAGCCACCCCCUGAGCAGCCACCCGGGCUGGGCCCAGGCAGCCGGAGCCGACACAUCCCACUUCAAUGCCAACAGCCCUCAUCCACCGUCGAGCUUUUCCUACUCGCACAGUCCCCCGGUCGGUGGCAACACUGGACGGGAUGGGGGUUACCAGAGCCCGCUGCUACUAGGUGCUGGCGGUCGUGACCAAUACGGCAACGCCCUGGUGCGCUCCGUCAAUGGAUCCUAUUCCAGUGCUUACCCUGGCGCCUAUGUCAGCCCUGCGGAGAUGCCACCAUCUUGGACUGCGGGGCACUUUGAAAGCAGCGUCUUGCACAGCCUCCAGACGCGGCAGGGGACCUUGCCUGGCAGGAGAUCCACAUUUGAGUUUUUGGAAGAAUUCCCAGGCGAUGGCAGAGAAUGUGUCAACUGCGGGGCAAUGUCCACCCCACUCUGGAGGAAGGAUGGCACCGGGCACUACCUGUGUAACGCCUGUGGGCUCUAUCACAAAAUGAAUGGCAUUAACCGGCCUCUCAUCAAACCACAGAAAAGACUGUCCUCCUCAAGACGUGCGGGUCUCUGUUGCACGAACUGUCACACCACCAAUACGCCGCUCUGGAGACGAAAUGCAGAGGGAGAGCCUGUAUGCAACGCAUGUGGAUUAUACAUGAAACUCCACGGGGUGCCAAGGCCUCUGGCCAUGAAGAAGGAAAGCAUUCAGACAAGGAAGAGGAAACCUAAAAAUAUAACCAAAGGCAAAUCUUCGACAGGGUCCACCACUUCAACCACCAAUUCGCCUUCUUCCAUUACGAACUCUGAAAGCACCGUCACUUUAAAAACGGAACCCACUGUGACAUCACAAUAUCCGGGACAAUCUAUAGUGUCCACUUCCCAGGGUCCAAGUCAGUCUGAGGAUGCCCUGGCUGAUAGCCAUACUCAGUUCAAGUACGAACCAGAGGAUUAUGCCUUCUCUUCAGCCAACGUGCCCCAGCAGUCUGGACUGAGUGUUGCUCUUCGCCAAGACUCAUGGUGUGCACUGGCAUUGGCCUAA